GGCGCGGCGCAGAGCGGAGGGGGGGCGCGGAACAAGGUGGUGGUGGUGGUUGGUGGUGUUUGGGAGGAGGAGGAGGAGGAGGAGGAGGAGAAGGAGGAAGGGGGGGGGGGGGGCCCGGAGCGCGGACGGCGGCGGGUUGCGCGCGUAGAGUGCGCUAUGCCUUUAACGGCGCGCAGGGCAGGCAUGCCGAGCGCGUAGUGCGGGAAAAAGUCGAGGCGGGGUUAAAGUUCAGCUCAUGGAGCGGCUCCGCGCUGGCUGCAGUUUGGCAGAGUUGGAAAUGUGAAAGCAAGAAGCAGGCUCGGGGCUCCCCCUCCUCUCCUCUCUCUCUCUCUCUCUCCCUUUUUUUUUUUUCCCCUCCUCUCUCUCCCUCUCCCUCUCCCUCUCUCUCUCUCUCUCUCCCCCCUCUCUCUCUCUCCCUCUCUCCCCGCACACGCACACCUCCAAACCGCAGCCCCCCGCAGCAGUCAUGUAUUCUCCGCUCUGUCUCACCCAGGAUGAAUUUCAUCCCUUCAUCGAAGCACUUCUGCCUCACGUCCGAGCGUUUGCGUACACGUGGUUCAACCUGCAAGCCCGAAAAAGAAAAUACUUCAAAAAACAUGAAAAACGCAUGUCAAAAGAGGAAGAGAGAGCCGUGAAGGACGAACUGCUAAGUGAAAAACCCGAGGUAAAGCAAAAAUGGGCAUCCAGACUUCUGGCAAAGCUCCGGAAAGAUAUCAGGCCUGAAUUUCGGGAGGAUUUUGUUCUCACAGUCACAGGAAAAAAGCCUCCGUGUUGCGUUCUUUCCAAUCCAGACCAGAAGGGCAAGAUGAGAAGAAUUGACUGCCUUCGCCAGGCAGAUAAGGUCUGGAGGUUGGACCUUGUUAUGGUGAUUUUAUUUAAAGGUAUUCCGCUCGAAAGUACUGAUGGCGAGCGCCUUGUAAAGUCCCCACAGUGCUCUAACCCCGGGCUGUGCGUACAGCCCCACCAUAUAGGAGUUUCUGUUAAGGAACUCGAUUUAUAUUUGGCAUACUUUGUGCACGCAGCAGAUUCAAGUCAAUCUGAAAGUCCCAGCCAGCCAAGUGAAGCUGAUAUUAAGGACCAGCCAGAAAAUGGACAUUUGGGCUUCCAGGACAGUUUUGUCACAUCAGGUGUUUUCAGUGUGACUGAGCUAGUAAGAGUCUCACAAACACCGAUAGCUGCAGGAACAGGCCCUAAUUUCUCCCUCUCAGAUUUGGAAAGUUCUUCAUACUACAGCAUGAGCCCAGGAGCAAUGAGGAGGUCUUUACCUAGCACAUCCUCUACCAGCUCUACAAAACGUCUCAAGUCUGUGGAGGAUGAGAUGGACAGUCCUGGUGAGGAGCCGUUUUAUACAAGCCAAGGGCGCUCUCCAGGAAGUGGCAGCCAGUCAAGUGGAUGGCAUGAAGUGGAGCCAGGAAGAGGAAACUCACUGGUCAAACCCUUGGACACCAGAAUAGUUGCAUGCAGUUUCCCAGGGAGCCAGAUAGCUCUAAAGCUUCCCAGAUAUCUAAGAAACCCCGAACACCGCGGAGCACUACAUGGAAUGCCAUCGCCAACUACAUUAAAGAAGUCAGAGAAGUCUGGUUUCAGCAGUCCCUCGCCUUCGCAGACCUCCUCCCUUGGAACGGCUUUCACACAGCACCAUCGACCUGUCAUUACAGGACCCAGAGCAAGUCCACAUGCAACACCAUCGACUCUUCAUUUUCCAACAUCACCCAUUAUUCAACAGCCUGGGCCAUACUUCUCACACCCAGCAAUCCGCUAUCAUCCUCAGGAGACUCUGAAAGAGUUUGUCCAACUUGUCUGCCCCGACGCUGGUCAGCAGGCUGGACAGGUGGGGUUCCUAAAUCCCAAUGGUAGCAGCCAAGGCAAGGUGCACAAUCCAUUCCUUCCUACCCCAAUGUUGCCACCACCACCUCCGCCACCAAUGGCUAGGCCUGUGCCUCUGCCAGUGCCAGACACAAAACCUCCAACUACAUCAACAGAAGGAGGGGCCACCUCUCCCACUUCUCCAACCUACUCGACACCCAGCACCUCCCCCGCAAACCGAUUCGUCAGUGUUGGACCACGGGAUCCAAGCUUUGUAAAUAUCCCUCAACAGACUCAGUCCUGGUACCUGGGAUAAAAGUCUCCGCUUCCCACCACCCACCGGACAGACCACCAGACCCCUUCCCACCUCUGUAACACGGAAGCAGCAGCAACGCAGCGCAGCGACUUCACAUCGGCGGAAGGGGAGGCGAGCAGACACCGACAGCAAACUAGUACAUGGAAAUGGCAAACGUUAUGGUUGAAUGGCAAAGGCCGUAACUUUUUCGAGAUUUUAUUUUUUUUUUUUUUUUUUUUUAGACAACUUAGGACUGUUGUAAUUUCUCAUAUGGUGCUGGAAAUGGUUGGGCUUCAUAACUUUUGAAGUGUUUCAUUGGUAGUGUAAGCGUUAGGUGACACUGAGUAGAACUAGCCUCUGCUGCUGCUUACCAACUCGCUGUUGUAACACACUUUCCAUAUGGAGCCUAACUGUUUUACAGUAUCCUCAUCGAUUUUUCCCAUACAGGUGUGAGACUUCUUGAGAAAUCAUGAAACACACUUAAACUAUAACUUUUGUAGUAGCUGAAUUCUGCAAUAUAUAACUUACCGGACAGACAUAGAGCAUGUUUUUCUGUAACAUAUCGGAAAAAAAAUUGCAGGUUUUUUUUUUUGUUGGGGUUUUUUUUUUGUUUUUUUUUUUUUUUUACAGUUGGCACUUAGAUACGUAACAUGAACCAUAAGAGCAUUGUCAACAAUUUUUUUCCACUCAAUUGCAGAGCGAUUUAAAACAUCGAACUACUACUAUUCACUAAAAAAAAAAAAGAAAAAAAAAGAAAAAAAGUUUGAAAUGCUGCACUUACAUUUAAAAAAAAAACAUUUUUCAACAAUUUUCAACAAUUACACAAAAAUUCACGCAGAAAUGGGGAAGUUGGUCUGUUUUGACAGAAACUGACAGGAAUCAAUCAAAACAAUCGAAUUUUGAAUUGAGUAAAGUGCAAUUUCAUUGGAUAGCUAAAUAUCUUUGUAAGAUAGAGAUUGUUGAAAAUUCUAUUUUUGUUUUCCAAGUCCUUCCACCCCAGGACUCUAAAUUAUUGGGGUAAAAAACAGCCUUGCAAGAAAAAGGGGAGCUAUUUUUGCUUUUUAUGUUUUUUAUUGUUGAACUUGUAUCCCUUUAAAACUGAAGGAAAAUUAAAAAAAAAAAAAAACAAAUCUAAUGGUGCUUUUACCACAAUAUGUUAACUACAUUAAAUGCUAAUUAAUCAUUUUCUGUUAUCAAAGCACAUAACUAAAAUGAAAUCAUAAUAUCUGUUAAUUUUAUAAGCUAAAAGUCACUAUAAUGGAUUAUGCCAAUUCUGACAAAUUUUACGUGUUUCCGGCAAUAUAGGGUUUAUCAGUUCUCAAACACCUUGGGAAUAAGAGAGAACGGUCCAGAAAGUAAAACACCUUUGUGUCCCUGAACUGGUACAUUUUCUGGACUGCGAAGAAAACAUUACAGAAACGAAUGAUGCUGAUCUUACAACUUAUGCCAGUUCAAAGCAAGGGCACUUGCUGAAGAAGAAAAAAAGAAAAAAAAAAAAAACACAAAAAAAGUUUGGACCCCAAACGUCCUGUAUCUUAUGUACAAAAAAAAGGAAAAAAAAAGAAAAAAAAAAGAGUGCAAGUGAUUUUUUCUAUCAGACAGCGGAGCACCCCUUUGCUUCACAUGCAACUUUAAGAAGGUUUCCUAUACUAUACAUAUAUAUACGUUCUGGUUGGCAAGUCCAGCUAAUCAGAGAAAGUCUCUGCAUGUUCUAGUGUUAGUAACUAAUUUUUAUAUAGUUAAUGUAGGGUAAAGUAGAGUGCAUUAAGACACAAUAUUGUAAUCCCUAUUCCAGGCACUUGCCUUUAAACUAUGUUUGUUCGACCCUUCAGAAGGGUUUCUACUACUGUCCUAUACAAUCAAGUAACUGAAAUUCUUGGGAAGACACUUUGCUCCUCAUCUUUUCCCUGAAACAAUGUUUUGUUUUGUUUUCUUAAUUUGCACGAAACAAAAAAAAAAAUUCCAUAUCAAUGUGCCUUGCCCUGGAUAGCGAUUAUUUGUGGAAUUGUUGCACAUGUUCCUAUAUUGAAAGGGGUUUUUCCCUAGUCAAGCAUUUGGAGACACUUUUUGUAAAUGUGACUUUUAUGUCAGCCAUUGUCAGUUUCAACAUCUAGAAUUAAAUAGGAUGUUAGUUGUUCCGCAGAUAGGAGUAGUGUUUAUUGUCCUGUAUGGUCAGUGGCAGUGCUAUUCUGAGAUCUGUAGAUGCUAGAUUAUCAGUAUUUUUGGAUGUUGCUGCAUUUUACAUUUUAUUUGGAGUCUUCCUUUUUGUUUUGUUUUCUCCCAGAUAUAUGAAAAUAUGCAAUACCUGCUUAUAUCAUGUAGAAAAGCUUAGCAAUUAUUAAUUUUUCUUUUAAUUUUUUUUUAUUUGACCAAAGUUGGUGCUGCACUUGACGCAGUGUGUUUUAGGUGUUUGUCUUUGUACUUUUGUGAUUUUGAAUGCACAUGCAGGAAGGGCUCUUCUUAGAGAAGCAGUCAAACUGUGAAGCACUAAGCUGAACCCUGCUUCAAGCAAUUUUUGUUUUACAACUGUUCCUUUCACAAGCAAGCCUUAAAAAAAAAAAAAACUUCCUUUUUCUUCAGAUCCCACACCCAUUUUUAUUAGCAGACUGCAAUCAAUCCACAUUCAAUAAAAGUAUAUAAUGCCCAUUUUUAUAUGCACGUUUUUAAACUUCCAAGUUCUGAAAAUUGUUUACUGGUUAUUCUCUAUUUAAGGAAAAAAUAAAAUGUUUUGGAUUUUCAUAUGUGUCUGAUAAGUGGUUGAGUAGUCAUUUUGCUCUAUUGUAUUGUGUGAUUGUUAGUAUAUGGUAUCACAUCCUCUAGCCAGCAUCCUUUGCCUUCCCUAUAGCACUUAGCUGGGCAUUACUUUAUUAAGACAUAUGUGCACUAAAAAAAAAAAUAGCAGCUUUCAGUGCUUCACAGUGAAGGGAAAAAAGCCUAGACAAACAUUUUGUCAGAACCUUGCUAUGAGACAAGGUAUUACCAGUAAAUUGGUUGUAUAUACAAUAAAAUUGCACCCUUUUUUAAACAAAACAAACUAAGCAAUAGUUUGGGCAGUUAGUUGUUUUUAGUGAGCAUGUUGUAGUCAUGGCUGCAAAGAGAGAGAAUUAAACUGCCCACUCAGAAGAUAUGUAAUUUGUAUGUUGUAUAGUUUUAUUGAUUACACUGAUUUAUUCUACCCUAUUUUAUAAUGCAGGACUUUUGUAAUGUUGUUUAAAUGAGGAAAAAUUUCUGUCAAAUUAGCUUAGUGGAAUUUCUGAUUGUUCGUUAUAAAGGCAGCGUUCAUAGAAUUGCUUUUUUUUUUUUUUUUUUCCUUUGGGAACUGGAUUUAAGUUAAAAACUUUCCCGUUUCCUUUUUGUAUGUAUUUAAAUACAGUUAUUUUUCUUCUCUCAAUGGUAUAGCAUAUUCCUAUGCUUGAGAAGUAUAGGCUACUGAAGAACCAUUGUAAAUGGACAUUACAGGUAUGCUGUAUUUUUGAAGGUAUUUUGUCAUAUUAAGUUUGAUGACGCUAAAGUUAGGGAACUCUGAGCAGAAUUGCGAGAAAAAAAAAUGUUUUAAAGGCUUUAAAACAUUAGGUAGGCGGUCAAGGGUGUUAACCAACAGGGGUUGUAAAGUAUUACACACUAAAUUAAAUUUUCGUUCACCUUACUCUCACGCAGAAAACCCAGCAGUUCCGUUCUGUGCAGGUGUAGAGAACAAACAGUGUUUUAGUCCUCCGAGUCAAGCCAGGAGUGGGGAGCCGAGCAGGAGGGGUCCCGCUGGGGUGUGCGGGCUGCGGGCAGGAGUCGGGCCGGCGGCCGGAGCCCCCGACUCCGCGUCGGGUUACGUUCCCGCUCCCCUCCGAGUCGCUCCGGCCGGCCUUUUGGAGUCUCGCGAACAACUUUUUUCUCCCCGUCUCCUUCUCUCCAGAAACCGUCAGACGCACAAAUACUCUGACCUGUAUCCACCCCCCCACCCAUCCAAAUUUAAAGCCCUAGAACUGGCUUAGCGCGAAUUGACUUUUUCUCAAGUUAAUUCCUUUCUUUUUUCCUCUUUUUUUCGAGCGAGGGCACUUGCUUUUAUCAUGCCGCACACCCCAGCAAUGCCAUUAUUAUUUAUUCUUCUUCCUUUAUAAUAAAAACUUUCGGGCUUCGAGUUUAGGCAGCCAUGGUACACUUUGUCUCUGUUGCUUGUUCCCCCUCCCCUUAAGGUCGAAGGGGAAAAGAAACACCAAGUUUUCUCAACUCCACAGUAUUCAGUCAGCCCACAGGAAUAUGCAAAAUCCCUCUAACAUUUUUUUUUUCUUUCUCUAGUUCUCUUUGUUCCGUAUAUUUGCAGCUUUGUAGUAACAGUGUUAUAAAAUAUUUACUGUACAAAAAUACAAAAAAACCCAGAUACAUAGCCUAAAACAGUUUUUUUUUCCUUGUGGUGAAUUUUUUUUUAAGAAUGUCAGUUAAUAUUGUACUUUGCAUUGUGUCUCUGGAAAUAUCUUUUUUUUUUUUUUUUUUUUUUUGGUAGAAGGCCUCCAUCGAACAAAAUUAAAACCAUAACCGGCAUGACAAUGUAAGGAGAGCUUCAAUGGCACCUAAACAAUAAAUAAAUAACAAAAUAAACCUCAUGAGGUCUGUCGGAGGCAGGUCUUGUGAAGUUAACACUGCCUGCUAGGCAGGAUUUUCAUUAAAUCAAGCUUACAAUGCCAAUUUUGUCUUGAAGUCAAUGCAUGUAUUACUGUUUGACAGUAAACCCAGCUAUGCCAUCAUCAAGUCCAAGGCUGCGCAAUAGUCUAAUUAGUAUCGAGUACAUUUUCCUUUUAUUUUUUCCAAUAAAAAAGCAGUGGGAUGAAAAUUGCUUUGAUAUAUAGCAGGUAACAUUGAAGCUAUUCCAUAGCACUUAACUGUAGUGAAUACUGUGUCACCAAUUCUGAAAUCAAUUUAAUGUUUAAUGCAAAUCCAUUACAUGGUGCUAUUACAGGCUGGCAAAAUGAUUUACAAAAAUGUGACAACUUGGGCUCAAUUCACUCUGCUUUCCAACAAUGUAAAUGCAUAGCAGUGUUUAUCUGCAUGAAAACUAUGCACUAAUCUAUCUGAAAAAAAAAAGAAAAGAAUAUAUCAACUUUGGUAUCUACUUUCCGUUUACUUCGAUCCUUGCCUUUUCGGUCAUUGUUAUAAUGCCAGCUUUAGGACAGAAAGAAUUAUAAGAAAACCAGCAUAAUACCUGAUAUAUUAAAAUGUAGUGCCUGUGAAAUCUGUAUUAUAUUGCUCUUCUGAAGUAAGAUUUUUCUACACCGGUAGCCUUCGCUGUCUGUCAGAACCUUCUGAUAUAGGUGAUGUAAAAUAACCGUACAAUAUUAAUGCAUGCUAUUCCAUAAUGCUUAGUAGCUGUAUGAAUAUUACUCAAAGUUAUGUUAGUCUUUUUUUCUGACUUGGUUCUUGUCAGAUAGGUUUAAAGAUAUUUCACUGAGAACGCAAAUUCUGUCUUUUCUUGAUUUGGGGUGUUUUCAGUAUUUUGGAGGUAUACAUUUACUUAAAUUCAGUAUUACUUGUGUUUUGGGUUUUUUUUCUUUUUUUUCUUUUUUUUUCCUUUUCUUUUCUUUUCUUUUUUUUUUUUUUUUUUUUUUUUUCCCUAGAGGGCAGGACAUGGUGUUUGAGACCAGAAAUCCGUGCCUGGUAAGAUUUUCGUCUCGAAAAGCUACCCUAAGAAUUCAGAGAGCUUGCUCUGAAGAACAGGUGCAUAAAGUUCAAAUUUAAGGGACAGUCCUUUAAACCCACAAACGAGAUUGAGCUCACGUUGCGAGAGAUUUCUUAAUGGGCAGCGGUUAACCAGGUACCCAUGCUUGACCCUUCUUCACACCAGACUUCCUCAUAUAGAAAGAAAAAAACCCUUUAAAAAAAAAAAAAAGAAAAAAAGAAAAAAAAAACCUCAUGUGGUUGUUUAGUUUCAUGCACAGUUGCAAUAUUUUUCUUCAGACAAACUCUGUACAAACUUUGGGCCCGAUUCAUAAAAGCUCCUUUGCUAUUAACACGGGAGGCUGGUGGGCUUUUCUCGUCCAAAUUGAGGAUGGCUUUCUUUCCCAGCGCACGCUUUGGCGAGCCCCGCUUUCCUCGGCACGCGCGCCCGCUGGCUUUCCUCUCCCUCCCCUUCCCCUCUCCGCCUCCCCUAACCCCACCGGAGAACGGGACUCGAUGGGAAGGGGCCGCGGAGGCGGCGCAGGACCAUGCUCCGACACCCCAGAGGCGCAGGCUGGCGGGAGAAACGGGGGAGACAGGGGAGAGGACGACUCCGUGCCGCGCUCUGGCCGAUGCCAGGGGUCUGUAACGCGGCGGUACGAGGCUGCUCGGUUACAAACGAGAUCUUGUCCGUACCGGGAAAAAAAUGACGCUAAGAUCGCUACCUCUCAGCUCUAGCGAAAAAACCUUCGUCAAGGCAAACGCUUGUACACAGUCUGAACUUUUGUACUUUGUACGCUUUUUUUUUUUUUUAGGGAAGACUAUUUUCCACUUAGUUAAUCUUCUAUGCUCGAGCAUGAACAAAAACAAUUGUGUUGGGUGAAAUCCCCCCACACACUUUUUAUCUGCAUCCACAAAUUAAUAUGAGGGGGGGGGAAAAAAAAAAAAGAAGAUGAGUUUCUAGACGGAGCAUGGUAGGAAGAGAGUGCCCGGCUUGGCAUCUGCCGCUGCCGCCGCUUGUUCUUGCUGCCGGCGCCCUGCGCCCGGCUGCGACUGCUGCCUUGGGGAAAGGUCUGCAAAAUUCUUUGCUUUGGAAAUACAAUCAAGGAGAAAUCUCCAUUUUGGCAGGCUGUGCGGUUUCUCCGCGCGGCUGAGCUCUGACCUGGCCCUGCCCUGCUGCCUGAGACUGGCCCAGCCAAGUCCCUCAGCGUCAAUUUGAAAUUCGGGGCGCUAAAAUUUCCACCGGCCGUGUGAAAGAUCUGCUGCAAAUUCACUUGACACCCGUGUUAAUACCAUGUCGUGUUCAUUUUUUUUAUGAGUCAGGCCCCUCGUGCCUCUAGUAUACUUGUAUUGACUCUCAUAGUUACCAUUUUAGUUUUACUGUGUUCUGUGAAAAAAAUUGUAAUUGGUUGAGAAUCACUGUGGGCAUCCAUUCUUAUUCAACUAAGUCUCCGCAGGUUUUUUGAGCUGGUGUGGAUUAGUUUAACUCUUGUAUUCAACCAUUAGUGCUACCACCUUCUCACAUUACAAUACAAUUACUGGAAGCAAGUACUGCAUUUCCUAUGCAACAAAAAAGGAAAAUAAAAAAUUGCUAAUGCUAA